AUGUCGGGCUUCAGCCCAGAGCUCAUCGACUACCUGGAAGGGAAGAUCUCCUUUGAGGAGUUCGAAAGGCGGAGGGAGGAGAGGAAGGCCCGCGAGAAGAAACAUCUUCAGGGGAAAGGAAAGCCAUCGGCUGAAGAAAACCCAAAUGACUCUGAAGUCCCAUCGUCAUCGGGAAUCACCUCUGCCAAAGCCCAGGACAACGAUGCCAAUGAAGGAGAAACAUCAGAUGGAGUUAGUAAGUCAGUUCACAAGGUCUUUGCUUUCAUGCUUGGAGAGAAUGAAGAUGAGGAGGAAGAAGAAGAAGAAGAGGAGGAGGAGGAGGAGGAAGAAGCACCUGAGCAACCCACCGCUGGCGAUGUCUUUGUGUUGGAGAUGGUGCUCAAUCGUGAAACCAAGAAAAUGAUGAAAGAGAAGAGGCCUCGUAGCAAACUUCCCAGAGCUCUGAGAGGGCUCAUGGGCGAAGCCAACAUUCGCUUCGCUCGGGGAGAACAUGAAGAGGCGAUUUUGAUGUGCAUGGAAAUCAUCAGACAAGCUCCCCUGGCUUAUGAGCCAUUCUCUACUCUUGCCAUGAUAUAUGAGGACCAAGGCGACAUGGAGAAAUCACUGCAAUUUGAGUUGAUUGCUGCACAUUUAAAUCCCAGUGACACUGAAGAAUGGGUUAGAUUGGCAGAAAUGUCUCUGGAACAAGACAAUAUUAAGCAGGCAAUUUUUUGCUACACAAAAGCUCUUAAAUAUGAACCUACUAAUGUCCGUUAUUUGUGGGAGCGAUCAAGCCUGUAUGAGCAGAUGGGAGAUCAUAAAAUGGCGAUGGAUGGCUAUCGGCGCAUCUUAAACCUUUUGUCUCCGUCUGACGGAGACCGGUUUAUGCAGUUGGCUAGAGAUAUGGCAAAGAGUUACUAUGAAGCCAAUGAUGUUACCUCAGCUAUUAACGUAAUUCAAGAAGCUUUCUCAAAACACCAGGGCCUAGUGUCCAUGGAAGAUGUUAACAUAGGAGCUGAACUGUACAUUUCUAACAAACAGUACGACAAAGCUCUGGAGGUAAUUAUGGAUUUUUCUGGAAUCAUGCUAGAAAAAGGAACUCCGGAAGAAGGCACUUCAGAAGAGAAUACAGCUGGUGAGAAUGUCACCUGCACUAUACCUGAUGGGGUGCCGAUAGACAUCACGGUGAAGCUGAUGGUCUGCCUUGUUCACCUCAACAUUCUCGAGCCACUUAAUCCUCUCCUGACAACCCUGGUGGAACAGAAUCCUGAAGACAUGGGAGACCUUUAUCUAGACGUGGCCGAGGCUUUCCUGGAUGUUGGGGAAUACAGCUCUGCGCUUCCUCUGCUGAGCGCGCUGGUCUGCUCCGAAAGGUACAACCUCGCGGUGGUGUGGCUUCGGCACGCAGAAUGCCUCAAGGCCUUGGGCUACAUGGAGCGCGCUGCUGAGAGCUACGGCAAAGUGGUGGAGCUGGCCCCCCUGCAUCUGGAUGCAAGAAUUUCCCUUUCCACCCUGCAGCAGCAGCUGGGCCGGCCUGAGAGAGCGCUGGCAGCCCUGGAACCCAUGUACGACCCAGACACGCUCGCGCAGGACGCCAGCGCUGCGCAGCAGGAGCUGAAGUUACUGCUUCAUCGUUCUACUCUACUGUUUUCACAAGGCAAAAUGUAUGGUUAUAUGGACACCCUGCUUACCAUGUUAGCCAUGCUUUUAAAGGUAGCAAUGAAUAAAGCCCAAGUCUGUUUGAUAUCCAGUUCCAAAUCAGGAGAGCGGCAUCUCUACCUUAUUAAAAUGUCACGAGACAAAAUAUCAGAGAACAAUGACCAAGAGACAGCAAAUUGUGAUACCAAAGCAAUAUUUGCUGUCCUCACGAGUGUCAUGCCCAGGGAGGAGUGGUGGAACCUCCUUGUGAAGGCCAUAUUCUCCUUGUGCGAGCUGUCCCGGUUUCAGGAGGCUGAUUUACUCGUGGAUUCUGCGUUGGAAUAUUGUUCAUUUUAUGAUGACAAACAAAAACGCAAAGAGCUAGAAUACUUUGGUCUCUCUGCUACAAUUCUGGACAAAAAUUUCAAAAAGGCAUACAACUAUAUCAGGGUGAUGGUGAUGGAGAAUGUCAGCAGGCCCCACCUCUGGAACAUGUUCAAUCAGGUCACCAUGCACUCCCAGGAGGUGCGGCACCACCGUUUCUGUCUCCGCUUAAUGCUGAAGCACCCUGAGAAUCACGCUCUGUGCGUCCUAAACGGGCACAAUGCCUUCGUGUCUGGCAGUUUCAAGCAUGCCCUUGGCCAAUAUGUGCAAGCCUUUCGCACCCACCCCCAUGAGCCCCUAUACAGCAUCUGCAUAGGCCUAACCUUUAUUCACAUGGCCUCUCAGAAGUAUGUGUUAAAGAGACAUGCUCUCAUUGUGCAGGGCUUUUCCUUUCUCAAUCGCUACCUCAGUCUACGUGGGCCUUGCCAGGAGUCAUUCUACAAUAUGGGCCGUGGCUUUCACCAGCUGGGGCUGAGCCACCUGGCCAUCCACUAUUACCAGAAGGCCCUGGAGCUCCCUCCGAUGGUGAUAGAGGGUAUAGAAGUUGACCAGGUUGACUUACGAAGAGAUAUCGCCUACAACUUGGCACUCAUUUAUCAGAACAGCGGGAAUAUUAGAAUGGCUCAGAGGCUGUUGUUCACCUACUGUGUUAUUUAA